AUGAGCAGCAGCACCACUAGUAAGGGAACAACUAAAAGGUUUUCUUCUACAAGCAGCCAGAAGGCUUCUUCAGGAGCAUUGGCAACAGCUGGUAGUGGUGCAAGACCAGGCUCUCAACAAGUGGGAAGUUCAAAGAAGAGAAUUCCUUCAUCAUCUGGUAGUACAAGCUCAACUAAAAGUAAGAGGAAAUUAUCUAGUGGUUCAACUCCUUCCAGGGAUAAUAAAACACAAAAUUAUUCCUUCUCAGAUCAGGGAAUGUAUAGUACAGUCUCCCUUAAAAACGAGAAGGCUGUACUAUUAAAUGAUGAGGAAAUGAUUAGCGAGUUUGAAAAACAAAAAAGAAGAUUGGAACGAUUGGCUUUUGUGAUGAAGUUACCUUUCAUUGAUGUAGAAUACUUUUUUAAUGCAUACGGAAGUGAAUACAAUAUAUAUAAUCUUCAUCAACUUUCAAUGGUUGUAGACCUUUUGGAAAAUCACAAGUUAAAAACAAUACAAGUAACGGAAGCCAUUUGGGAAAGAGAGGAUGUUCUUGACAAGCUUCAUUGUCUUGUUGAGGAAUAUAAUGCUGUAAAGGAUUCAAAUCCUGGUUUAAUUCUUGUAGCACAAAAGGAAGCACUCAUACUGCAAAAAGAUAUUCAGAAAAAGGGGUUGAAGAUUGUUGAACUAAUUGACAAGUGGAGGAAAGACCUUAGUCUUGAUUAUCCUUUUAGGUUUAUGGAAUAUACUAAUUAUCUUAUCAAAAUGAGAUAUGAUUUGGAAUUUGUUGAUAAUAGCGACCUCUCUCAUUACAUUUUCCCUUUCAGAGGUCAUCCAUUACUUGCAAAUGUUCCAAGUCUGUAUUAUGAAAAUAUUGAAAAGUUGUUAGAGGUUCCUGAUAAGAAGAAUCCAUCACUUUCAGCAACUGUAACAUAUCCACUCACUAAAAAGAAGUUAAAACUUGCUGAUAAGGCAAUGAAUGCAGAAAGAAAGUUAAACAAGUACGAGGCUAUUAUUUUGAGAGAGGAAGAUAAUGAAAGGACGAUCAAACAAUUCUUAUUUACUCUCAUCAAAAAAGGAAAAUUUAUUACAGUACUGAAUGUUUCAGAAGGAGAAUUUGAACUCACUCCUGAACAGCAGCAAAAGAUUAAGGGAAUUUUCAACCAGAGCCCAGAAUAUGUCAUUUCCUAUUUCAAUCUUCAUGCAAGAGUAAAUCUUGAACCUCAAUUUCCAGAGAAGAAACCAGAGCCAUCGACACCUAAAUCAUCAGAAAAAACAAUCCAAAACGAUGUUGUUAUAAUAGGGAGUGUCAUUGCUCCAACUCCUAAAGCAGUUUCAAAUGGCCAAGUUUUCCUUACAGAGGAGGAAGAUGAUGAGCUAGAUGAUGAGAACAGACUCGGAAUUAACAAUGAAAAGGGGUAUGCAUCCGACAUUACAGACGAUAUUGAAUUUGAAAUUAUUGAAAAGAAACAGGAUCAAAAUAAUUCUAAAAAUUAUGAUGGAUCAGGGGAAGAAACAGAAGAAGAAAAUGCUUACAAGAAACAAACUGUCUUGAAAGAAUAUCAUACUGAAUUGGAAGCAACUCACCAACAUCAUGAACCAUUGGAAAAUCAAAAUCCUUUAUCUCUUAAUGAUUCACUCGAUGAAAAGAAAUUCCAAAACCCAUACCAACAUGAUGAAAAUCGAGAUGAAGAAGAGGAAGAAAACGAAGAAGAGGAAAGGGAGGAAAACACAUUUGGAUACUCCAAUCCUUACGAGGAUGAGGAACCACACAAAUACCAACAUGAAGGAGAGGUUCAUGAAGGAGAUAAGCGUGAUGAAGAAGGUAAUGAUUUUUCGCGUGUUUAUGGUCUAGAUAACAUUGAGGCACCGAACGAAAAUCAUACAAAUGAAGAUCUCAACAUUGUGGAUAAUGUACAUUUGGAAACAGAAUAUCCUGAGAAUCAUGAAGUUGUUCAUGCUACAUCCGUGGAAACUCCAAUACUUGGUGAUAUAAUGGAACCAAAUCUAGAGGUUUGUCCUCCUUCCCCUAAAUACCAUGAAGAACCAACCCAAAUUCAUGAUGAAUUAUCUCACAAAGAACCUGAAAACCAUUCGACGGUUCCUCCAUUGUCAACUAAUCUUGAAGAACCAUCAAAUGAAACUGCCGAGGAUUCAUAUAAUGUAAAUUCAUUCGAAACACCAAGAGAUUUUGAUAACUUUUCCAAUCCUUACGGGGAUGAGGAAGAUUCGCAAAAACAGAGCUCUGGAUCAAUUCAUCUCAGUACACCUGUUUUAAAGGGUGAUUUACAUAUAGGUACACCCCUUAUGCAGGCCAAUAUUCAUUUUGGAGAUCCAUUAGUAGUAGCUGCUGGUAGCUCUAAAGAUAAGGAUAGUAAGAAAUCAAAACACAAACGAAGUGGGUCGAAUUCUAGCAGUAGUAGUAGUAGUUCUGGAUCCGAUUUCUCAGAUUUUGGAUCUGAUUUUUCUGAUUAA